AUGCAAAGAACUAUUUUAGAAUAUUGUGGUGAAUCUGGUGGAAAUUCAUGUGGAUAUUGUAAACACAAAGAUAAAACGGGAGGUUGGUUUAUUUUUAUUUUGAAAAAAAAAACAUUUAUUUUCAGGCAAUAAUUCGAAAGAAGAAGAACAUGAAGAUGAAGAUAAAGGAACAUCGCAUUCUUUAGGUAAAAAUGAAUCGAAAAAAUGUAUUUUUGGUAAGCAAAAUGUAUUUGUUGCUCAGGCUUAGUUGCUCAUAUGUCCACCUGUGAGGAUAUUAUGUCAUUUUUGGAAAUGGGUUGGAGCACGUGAGUAGCUGAUCGUCUCUAUCCCAUUAAAACAUUAUUCCUUGUCGUCCUGAAAAUUAGGAGAUUUUAUUUAUUCUUACAGGGUUAAUGGCAUAUUCUUUAUCGUCUUCUUAUUAUUUGGAAUUGAUGGAUAUGGGAUGGAGACGGUUUGAAAUUUAAUUGGAAUUUUUUGAUUUUAAAAUUAUAUUUUUUCAGAUCUGGAAAAUAUUUGUAUAAACCAACGAAUGAAAUAACAUGUUGUCCACAAUAUACAAUUCGAUUAGAUGUUACAAAAUUCACAUUGUCAAGAAGUCAAAAAAGAACAUUGAGACAAAUGAAUGAAUAUUUGAUAAGUGGCAAAAAACCAAGAUGUUCAGUGAAAGAUGAAGAUAAUAAAAUGGAAGAAGGUCCGAAAAAACAGGAAACUGAAAAGAAGGAAAUUGAGAAAAAAGAAAAAGAGGAUCGCCCAGUUAUAAAGAAAAAAGAAAUGAGAAGAAAACGGUAUUAUUUUGAAUUGUAACAUAUUAAAAUUUGAACCAAAAAGUAUUUUAGAUUUGAAGAAAAGUGUCGUUUGAAAAAUUUGAAUAUUGAAGAAAUGAAAAAAGAACGAGUUGAAAAAGAAGAAUCUCGUCGGAGAACAAUCGAGUCAUUUAUCAUUGAAAGUUCAGAAUCUCACAGUCAUAAAUUAGAAGUUAAAUUGGUUUCAACGAGUAGUGAAGAAUUUCAAACGAAAAAUGAUGAAUCAUAUGAAUUGUAUAAAAAAUACCAACAAACAAUUCAUAAAGACGAAAGAGCGAGUUUUGCUGGAUAUCGACGAUUUUUAUGUGAUUCUCCGAUUAGUGAAGAAACUGAUUCAACUGGAAGGUAUUUUUUAUUUUUCUCAGAAAUUAUAUUCAAUUCGGUUGGUUUUUUUCAGAUUAAAACUUGGAUCAUAUCAUUUAUGGUUUCUGUUGGAUAAUAAAUUGAUAGCUGUGAGUGUUAUUGAUAUUCUUCCUCGCUGUUUAUCCGCCAAAUAUAUGUUUUAUGAUCCGGAUUUUUCAUUUUUAUCACUUGGAACUUAUACGGCAUUGAGGUAAUUAUAGAAACUUUUUAUUUAUUUCCUUAUUUUUUUCCAGGGAACUUGAAUUCACUAGGAAAUAUUUUGCAAUAAAUCCGGAAAUUCGUUAUUAUUAUAUGGGUUAUUAUAUUGAUUCAUGCCCAAAAAUGAGAUAUAAGGCAAAAUUUCGACCGAGUGAUCUGUUAUGUGAUAACUCGUUUCAAUGGGUUAGUUUCAGUACUUUCUUUGAUACUUGAAUUCAUUUCUAAUAAUUUUAUAGAUCGGUUAUGAAUCUUGUAAAGAACUUUUUGCCGAUUCGAAAGAAACCAAUGGGUAUACUGUAUUUCGGCCAGAUUUGGAACCACCGCAACCAUUGCCUAUUGAGGAUUUAAUAGUUCUCUCGAAUCGAAAAGUAAGAUUUUUUGUUUUUUUUUCCACACUCCGUUCUUUUUUUUUAGCUAAUGUCAUAUUCAAUUUAUAAACGAAGAUUUUCAAAUGGAAAUGAAGAUUUAGAAUCUGUUGAAAGACAUUUGCAAGGUUAGUUUAUUUUGUUCUACUUUUCCAUAAGGUUUCAAUUAUUCUUUCUAGAUUUGGCCAAGAAAGUUGGCCCAAAAAUUCCCGAAGCAAUAUAUUAUUUUAACGAACUUAAUUAG